CACAGAGCGAAGCACAGAUGAGACAGAAGCAUGGCGUCUUCCUCCUCCUUCUCAGAAGAUCUGACAUGUUCAGUCUGUUUAGGUAUUUUCACUGAUCCAGUAAUUGUCUUCUGUGGACACUCUUUCUGCAGGGAAUGCAUCACACUUUCUCUGAAAUCGCUGAAUCAGUGCCCACAGUGUCGGGUGACUGUUCCUACCGACAGGAUGGAUUUCACAACUAAUCACAUCUUAAAAAGUCUUGCAGAAAAAGCAAAGGAGAAGGGAUCUGGAAAAGAUCCUGAGGUUGCUGUGGGGUUUUGCCCUGAACACGAUGAGAAGCUGAAGUUGUUCUGCGUCACUGAUCAGCAGCUAACUUGUAUUAUAUGCAGAGACUGUGAAAGACAUGAAGGACACAAGUUUAAGCCAAUCAAAGAAGCUGCUGCAUCAGUCAGAAAGGAGGUAGAGACUCUGGUGAAAAAGGAAUCCUCUGACAUCAGUGCCAUUGAAUGUCUGGUUGAGUCACAGAACGAAGAAAUAAGAAAAUCCAAAGAGAAAUCUCAGCAGCUGAGGAUCCAGAUCAGCAGCCAGUUUCAGGAGAUGCAUCAGUUUUUGAAAAGCAGAGAAGAUGAAAUUCUUAAUGAACUGAAAAACAAGGAGAAUGUUGAGCUUCAGAAGAUGAGGAAGAGCUUAAAUGUUGUUGAAAAAGCUUUAACUGAAGGCAGAGAGGUUGGGGAACAGAUGAAAUCUGUUCUGGAGAUUACAGAUCCUGAAAGCUUCCUAAAGAGCUGGCAAGAGAGCAAAUUGACACCAAAACCCAAAUCCAACCCACUAGGCUUGAAUUUCCAAGUGGUGACCUCUUCUCUCUCACUGGGUCACUAUGAGACCCACCUGCAGUUGUUUGUGUGGAAGGAGAUGCUACAGAUGAUCCAGCCUCAAGCAGAAAGGCUUUUAUUUAAGAAGCUAAAGCCUCCUGAUUGGUCAAAAUGGUCUGGUCUUUUUAAUAACUGCAGUACAAGAAUUAAUUUUCAUCUUCCACCAUGUAGUUGUCAUUCUAAUUAUAUUGCUUUGCUAUCACAGUGGCAGGAAUACUACAAACAUCAAACUACCUGUACAACUAGUGUAAACCAGAUCGCACCAGGACCACAUUAUUGGGAGAUAGAUGUGGAAGAUAAGAACUGUUGGACAGUUCAGAUACAGAAUCAUUCCUUGACAUACAAAGAUAACAAAUACACCACCACUCAUAAAAAAGCUAAGAAAGAAGUAAAGUUUACAAGCAAACCUAAAAAAAUAGGCUUUUAUUUGAAUGGCAACUCUGAGGAGCUCCACUUCUUUGAUGCAGACACCAUGCAGCAUGUUUAAAUGUUGUUUUGUUGUUUGUUAGUUAAACCUUGAUUAAUCUCUGCUAAAACUCAUAUUUGAUUAUGGUCUUUGCAAAAAGGAAGAAGCAACUGGUUCUUAGGUUAAGGGAGCAGUCAGAUUUUGAUAUAGGAACGGGCUGGUCAUAUCUGUGCCUGACCACAUGAAUUCAUCUUUUGAAAACACAGUUUUCAUCUGUUUAGUUUUUCCUCAUUUACCAAAGUUAUCUUUGUCUGUUUGAACUGAAGUAUUUCUGUGGUAAGUUAAAUACUGAAACGUUCUCAAACACUGCUCCAAGCAGAAACAUAAU